AUUGACGACAAAACACUCAAGAUAAACCGAGAUAUGAUUAUUUCCCACAGACAAAACGCAAUUUCCUGAUCAGCCACAACCCCCGCGAGCCGCGGUGGGGAUGCGCAUUCACACCGAGCAGCCAGUUUCCUCCGGAGGACCGAGCCGCUCCAGGGCUGAAUUACAUGCGCAGUGCUACCGUGAAUCACACAUCACCACGGCAACCGGCGUUCACACCGAGUCCCCGUCAGCAGCAUCAGUGAGGUCCGAUCCUGUCCACAGACGACCAGCGAGCACGGAGAAACCACAAUCAGUCCAGGCAUUUUCGGGCACCUAAGCAGCCAUGGUGAAGCUAGGCAGCAAUCUGUCUGACAAACUGGAGAAGCAGCCGUCUGCGGAUGACGGCUUUGACAACAUCCCCCUCAUCACACCCCUGGAGGUCAACCAGCUCCAGCAGCCGUUCGCAGACAAGGUCAUUGUGAAGACGUCGACACAAUAUCAGCUGCAGCAGAAGAAGAACAAGCUGUAUCUGCCCAAUAUCAAGAAGCUGAAUAUCAACUUCUACAGUGAUGUUUCAGACAAAGCCAAGAUCACAGGCCUGAUCCUCAUCACGUUGGCCUUCCUGACCAGCUUGCUCCUCCUGCUCAUGUACAAAGCCAUGUGGUACGACCAGCUUACCUGCCCAGAGGGUUUCAUCCUUAAGAAGCAUUGCACCCCGGCUGCUCUGGAGAUGUACUACACAGAGCAGCAGCAGGAGGCGGGCGUCCGCGGCGGGGCCAACUCCGGGCUGUACGCCGCCCUCAGCCACCUCAACCAGGUCAAGAGGACUGGGCCCGAGCUGCCAUCGACAUGGUUACCAGUCAUCAGUGCUCUGAAGGAAUCCGAGGUGGCCAAACGAGGCAGCGAGCAGAUGAAAGGAGCGCUUGAGGGAGAGGAGUGACGGGUCUGACAGAAAUGCAGGUGUGUGAAAGGGAGGAAGUGAUGAUGAUGAUGAUGGGGAGGCAGAGUAGAUACAUUUUUGAUUGUAUUUGUUCAGGAAUUAAUUUUCCUUUCCCCUCGUACGGUCCGUCGAAUCACUCGUUUAUACUGCUGCUCCGAAACCAUAAAGGUGUCUGUAUAACUACUGAAAAUUUAAAUCAGCUCCGUAAACCUCAUGUUUACUCAACUUCAAUCCACUUAUAUUCCGUUAAUUUUUAUAUUACAGUCUAAUACCCAACUUUGUGUGUGUGUGUGUGUGUGUGUGUGUGUGCGUGUGUGUGUGUGUGUGGUGAGAUGUUGUGGUUAGAGGCAGGAAUGUUAUUAAAGUGUUGGAGAAUGUGCCUGACUUUUACAGUGUUACUGAGGCGUGAGUAAUCGCCACCAUCUGCAUUCAGUGUGUGUAUGUACACUGUAAAUGCUCACAUGCACAUGAGCGCAUAUGUAUUGCAUGCAUGUUUGCAGUUUGUGUGUGUGUGUGAUUUGUGUACUUGUCUGCGAGAGUUGGAGGUGUGAGAAGAGAAGCAAAGUUUUUAAUGAGAUCACUGCGAGUUUCUCCUCAUCACUCCGCCUCGUUAUCUCGCUGUCUAUUCAUUUAGUUUCAGAGGGGAAUGUAUGAAAUCGUCAGCAAAUGUGCGCACACUUUAAACAUUAAGACUAUAAUUGACCAUUUCAAUUUUUUGUCAAAAAAUUAGAUUUCUCAUGUGAUUAUCUGGAGACGGUAAAUUGCAGUUCUGUUAGUUAAAGAGUGUUUUAAAGAGACUCGCACAGUGGCUUUGGAAAGCAUCAGACUAUUACAAAUCUACUAAAAAACAACAACCUCUUUGUCAUUAUGGGUUAUUGUAUGUAGAAUUAAUUGCCAAAAAAUUGCCAAUUUUCACUAUUUUAACUUAAAUCUAUAACGCAAUAAAGUUUGCAACAUGUAAAUGGACCUGAAAAUGUUCUGAAGCCACUAUACAUCUCUUCAUUAUGUUACAUGGUGAUGUGAGCAGCGUACUGUAAUUAUGAAUAAAACUGGAGAGCUUUUAAUGUAUUACUACAAAAAUAUAUCUAAAUUUCAAUAAUGCUGUAUUUGAUUAUGUGUGGAAGAUGAUUGUAAAAACUUGCAAAUUAUUAGUUUUGUUACUAGAUUUUGUUUUUGAUGUACGUUGCUGUAAAUGAACAUGUACAGUUCAACCGCAGGGUUGACUCAUAUAUGAAUGUAUGAAGUAGCUGCUCUAAUCAUGCAGUAGAUGUAAUCAGUGCUCAUGAUGUACUACCUAAAAGCUUCUAUUGUCUUCACAUGUUUCUAUUUAUUGCAUUAACAAAAUGUACUUGUGUAUUAUUUGGUGUCUUUUCAACGGUAAAGUUGUGUUUGUAAAUCUUGCUUUAAGGAUGAAGAGUUCUUUUCCAAUCCACUUUUAAAAGGGGAAAAAUGAUGUGAUGCAAAUAUUGUUUUUCUUCAUCUGUCAUCAGAAAUAACUCACAAUUCUUAAUUGCCUGCCAUCACUUAUUUUACCUUUUCCCCUUUGUCACUUUUUUUAAAUGGUGACUUUAUUAUUUUGGAUCCAAACUCUUCAUGUGAGUAUGUGAGAUCGCAGCACAGCUUGUCCUUUGGAGUUUAAGUGCCAAACAUUUACAUCAGACCCAUCUGCUCUGAUGUCACUGACUGAACAGGAAUAAAUGACUGAAGUGUUGAGUUCUCUCAUUCACAACCGGCCCUGUUGAUUUACAUGUAUUGCCUCUAAUGACCCUUAAUUAAUAAGACUGAUGAAAUAUUCGUGGUUGUAUUUAACAGAAAACAUUCAUUAUGUGUUUUUCAGCCAACAGCAACUAACUGAGCUUUUUAUCUAGAGCGGAGUCAGUGGUGGAAGGACGUUAAGGACACACUGUACGCUUGUAUGUAAUCACAAUAUGUAAAAUUACUUUAGAUGG